AUGACGUUCAAGGAUCGCGUGGAUCUGGAAGAAGCGAUUGAAGCGCGCUAUGCUUCCGUGCGUCGACUGCAGGAGAAGAUUCGAAUGGAUGAGGACAAUGCAGUGCCGAGGGAAGACAUGGCCAAGGAGCUGAACCAGCUCGUGGAGCUGCGCAAGGAGCUCAAGUUGUGGAAGGGGGAGAGGGAAAAGAGAGAGACGGAAGAGACAGGAGAGCAGAUGGAGAGAGUCCAGAUGGAGCAGGAGGACGACGUUGAAGCUGCUGGGGAUGGUGUGGCUGCUGCGGCUGCUGCUGCUGUUGUUGACACGGACGAGCUAUUGCAGCGUGCUGUGAGGCUCGAAGAGCUCGUGGCCGAGGCAAAUGUGAAGCUGUCGACGUUGGAGACUGAGGUAGCACAGGUAGAGCGCACGAAAAAGGCGUUGGCGUACUUGGUGGACCACCAUGAGCCGAGAAAGGAGGAAGAGGUAGGGGCGGGAAGUGUCGAAGUGACGACGCCGAAGAAGAAGAAGAAGAAAAAGAAGAAGACGAAAGUGACAACGGGCGAGGGAGUGGAUGAAGGGAGUGAAGAAGUGGUGGGCGGUGAGGAGAGAUCGGACAAUGAGGCAGGGCGCGUGAAUGGAGACAAGGCGAUGGAGGAGCUGCAGAAGACUGUGGUAGCGCUACGUGAAGAGAAGAAGGAGACUGUUGUCAAAUUGAUGGCUGAAAUGGCAGACCAACAAGCAGAAAUGGAGCGACAGAGCCAAGUGAUUCAGCUAAAGGCAAAGCAAGAGCUCCGCGAUGCUGAAGAGAAGCUGAAGCAGAUGGUUGCGAAGAUUGCUGAGGAGAAGGAUGUGGUGAUUGCCAAGUUGAAGGCCGAGCUUGAAGCGAAGCGUUUGGACUUGCAGCAGACGGGAAGCCACGAGGUGGAUCCUGAUUUAGUGAAGAUAGUUGCUACGCUCAGGGAAGAAAAGGUUGAACUGGAGCGCGAGCUGCAAGUUGUAAAAAAGACCGCUCAAGUUUCUCAUGGCGAGGUUCAGGAUCAAGCUCAGCUGACGGACCUUCAACUCGAAAACGAGAAACUCAAGGAGGAGAAUGCGUCGAUGAAGGCUGACGCAAAGGCGAUUCGCGAUGAAGCAAAAAAGACCAAUGCUGGGCACUCGUCGUUAAAGGACAAGUCCGGAGCUUCUGCUGCUGAGAUGAAAGCUGUCAGGGCCGAGCUAGAAUCGUCCAAGACGGAAGUGGAGGCGCUGCAAGUCAAGUUGAAAACGCUGACCGGCGAGGCAAGUGCUGCCCACUUGGAGGUUAUGAGCGCUAAUGAGCGUGUUCUGACGCUGGAGCAGGAACUGGAGGCGACUCAGAAAAGCGCUGAAGAGGUGUGUGUCGAGCUGAAGAUGCUGCGUGCUUUGUCUCAGGAGUCGGAAUCGAGGAUUAUAGUUUCCACGGAGCGCGUUCAGGCGCUUGAAAAGGAAUUGAAGACAGUGAAGAAGGACUGUGAGGACACUUUCGCUGAGCUUAAAGCUCUGCGCACAUCUGCCAAAGAUAUGGAGUUGCAGAUAUCGAGCUCGAACGAGCGGGUGCAGGCUCUGGAAAAGGAGCUGGUGAUGGCAAAGCACACUGCUCAUGAAGUGUCCGUAGAGCGUGAUGCUCUCCGCACAUCAAUGCAAGAAGCUGAACGUGCGUUCAAGGCGGGAAGUGAAAAGCUGACGAUGGAGCUACAUGAUGCUAAAGAGAGCUGCAGAAAGGAGUUCGCGGCUGAGCUCGAGAAGGCAAAGGAUGCUACCCAAGCUGCACUCGCGGAUCAAGAAGAUACCACCCGCCAGCUACUUACGCUAAAGGAUGAAGUGGCGCGGCUACAACUUGAAAGUAAAAAGGCUCGGAGCCUUGCGUCUCAAAAGAGUGUCGAGGCAGAAAAGCUUGCUGCGGAUGUCGGAUCUCGCUCAGCAGAGGCAACGAAACUUAGAGCUCAGUACAAUGAGCUGCUUGUACAGCAUUCCAAGUCGAAAGACGAGCUGCUCGAGUUGCAGGGUGUGGCAGCUACAAAUGGGGAGUUGCUCAAGAAGGCACGCGUGUCGCUAUUGGAGGCGAAUGAGGAGCUCAAGGAAGCUCGCGCCAACUCGUUGAAGUGGAAAAACUCGGCACAAGCAGCCAAGACACUGAUGAACGCAAAGGUUGCGGAUGCAGAAAGUGCUUACAAGCAGCUCAAGAAGGCCCGUGCCGAUGUGGUAUCGGCCAAGUCAGCUCGUUUGCAGCUUUGUGCGUGUCUAGAAGGUAAGGAAAAGAAGCUUGCGAAAGCCAAGCAGGAACUUGCUACGACUCGUGCCGAACUGGCCGAGAGGAUCAAGACUUUUGAGGCUGAAACCGUGCAGCUGAAACAGGUGCAUGCUGCUCGAAUGGAAGAGCUGUGCAAGGCCUCCGAGCUCACGAUCGCGCAGCUUACGAACCAGAUCCGGUCGUACCGCCUGGUGCUCGUGCUCGUGGUUCUACCAGUACUUAUCGCCAUGUUCGUUUCUGCCAUCUCGAUCUAG